UACAAAUCAAGUUAAGCUCCCAAUCAACUAGCUAGAUCAGCAGCAACAUUUAGUGUAAAGGAAGCAAGAUCGAUGAAUAGUCACUCGAUCAUGGCGGUGCCGUCGGUGUUCGCCGCCUUUGACACGGACGGCGACGGCAAGGUGUCUGCGUCCGAGCUGCGGCGCUGCAUGGAGGCGACGCUGGGCGACGGCGUGUCCGAGGAAGAAGUGGUGGCGGUCCUCGCUACGGUUGAUGCCGACGGCGACGGGCUGCUAAACCAGGGAGAGUUCUCGAGGCUAGUCACCGGCGCUGAGGAAGAGUACGAUGCCGACGUGAAGCGAAGGUGCCUGCGGGAGGCGUUCGGGAUGUACGCAUCGUCGUCCACGGAAGACACGAUUACGCCGGCGAGCCUGAGGCGGACGCUGAGCAGGCUAGGGUCGCACGAGCUGGGCGUGGAGGAGUGCCGGGCAAUGAUCUGCAGGUUCGACCUCGACGGCGACGGCAAACUCUCCUUCGACGAGUUCAGGGUCAUGAUGAUGGCAUGAUCAUCGACUCUCUUGGUCGCAUUCUUGUAGAUACGUGUAAUGUUGACUUAAUUCAUUGAUCGAUCACAUACGGAGUAUGUCAUAUGUGAUAUGCAUGUACAGCCAUAUGUAUGUCAUACGGAGUACUCUCAUGGUCGCAUUCUUCUGGAUACAUAGUAAUGUUCACUUAAUCCAU